GAUGGCGAAGCCGAAGGGCAGGAGGCAGCCAACUGGUGGUGUAGUUGGACGCCCUUCCAAGUCGGACAAGAGAGCCAAAACAGCAGCAGCGAGAGGUCCGUUGGCCCAGGAGAGACUCCAAGCUGAGCUCGAGCAGCAACGUGCAGCGCUCGCGGCGGACAGAGCAGAGAUGGCGCAGAGGGAGCAAGCGCUCAGAGCGAAGGAGGCUGCGUUCGCCAAGAAGGAGCAAGAAAUGGCGCGCGCCGCUGCACAGCGGGAAAAGCGUGAGCAGCAGGAGGUUGAGCGCGUCCAAGCAGCAGCUGCUGCUGCGGCGGAGAAGGUUGCUCAGGGCCUGGACUACAUGGACACAUCUGUGCACGAGGUGAAGCCGAAGAAGGGCGAGGUCUGGACCCAGUUGCAGUCAAGGAUGGUCCUCAUGCUACUCUUCGACCUCCGCAAGGAAGGUUGCUCUGAGAACGAGGCGGUGUUGCAGGCCGAUGUCUUUUUUAAAUAUUCAUCUUGAUCAAAGAGGGGUAACGGUUGGUUUUUGAAUCUAUACUCCGGAGUAUGUGCUGUACACCCUAUUUUUGCUGCCAACAGCAGAUGUUCAUGUGUGGUGUGUGUGUUUUCGUUCCAUUUACAAUGUAUGUCGGGCGCGAGCCUUUGCCGUUCGUUACACGGUUGACUCACCUGUCUACGUCACACAAGUAUUCAGCAGGAAUACAUUGUACUGUUGUACAGC